AUGGAGUCACAACGGCUGGUCGUGAAAGAAAAAAAAUCGUUCAGAGAACGAUACAAGCCUCCUCCCGUCCCCCCUCCCGACCGCCUGCCGAGAUUCUCUGAAUCUCAAAGCGCCAAGACCUUCUCCCGACAUAAGUCGGGCAAGAGUACUCAAAUUGUCACAGCACACGAAGCUUUGACCUCUACAACUCCGCGUCCUCGAAUCAACAAAAUGGAGUCGCGCAUUCCUGCGCCUGCUGCUUCCUCUGUUGGCACUCCAAGAAACCUGCGUCUCAACAAGGAACUUCCCGCAACUCCUCCCAUGGUUCCAGUCAUUGCAGUCAAUAUGAUCCAGACUACUCCCAAAGCCUCUGGUAUCCCUCGCGUUGUCCCGAAGACUUCUACACCAAAGAUUGCUACGCCAAAGACUGGUGAGAACGCGUUCAAGCCACGCGAUUUCGAUGGUGAUUCGAUCCUGGCUCUUCCCGAUGAGCAACGCCGCUCUAUCAAGCUCGGCUUGAGUGGUCCAACUGUCCGCUUCUCCAAGGAUUGCGAUGAGUUGGUCAUGGGUCCCGAUGGCAAGCAACAAGGCAAAGAGAAAGACAAGCACAAGUCCAAAUCCCAAGCCGAAGUAGUCUUUCAAUUCCGCAGUACCCGUACCUCAGACACAGCUCUCACCACAAGCCGCCUUGCGCGCCCUAAGCCUUCUCCCCACCAACUCCCCACCUCCUCCUCCUCCGACACAAACACAAAGAAAGAACCAAACCUCAAGUCCCGCAUGACAGCCAUGCUCCACCGUCGCUCUGUUGCUCCUGCUACCCCUUCCGCCCCAAACGCCACAGCCCUCUUCGAGCAAGGUCUUGCGCAACUCGGUACCUCUCUCGACGCGUUUCGUGUUGCUGCCGCCGCGGCUGCCGAUUCGAAUCAAGCGAGCCAGUUCACGACCCGUGUCCAAGCUAUUCUGCUGGGUGUUACAAGAACUAAUGAGGCGAGGGUGGCGCGGUUGGAGGUCUUAACUCAUUUGGAGGCACUUGAGGUUGCAGAGGUUGUUGCUGUUAAGGAGGCGGUAGAGGCUAUUGAUGAAUUGGUCAAGAAGUUGUAGAUUUUCUUCUUUCCGUUCUGCUAGGCAGUGGUGGUGCUUACCUUUGGGCGAGCUUUGUGAUGGAUAGAUUAACGAGUGGUGGAUUUACGAUAUGACCUGGUGG